AAGCGAUAUAAUAUCUUGUUCAUAUCCAAACUCUUUUAAAUUUUCAAACCGUAUAAAAACUGUUCUAUCUUAAUUGUAUGACGAAAAUUGUAUAUUUCUAGUAUGGAUUCUCGACGAAAUACAUUUUUUCUACUUCUGUGUAUAAAUUGUCUCCUUUGGAACCUAAAAUUCGUAGUCGGUUCUGAUAGAGUUCAAAUCCGUAACGUCGAAGUAUUAACCCUGUAUCAAGGUAAAAUGACCACGGGAAGAAGAAGCACUCCCGUUCUUCAGUUGAGAUGCUCUGGUGGAUCUGCGGGUUGUUCUGCUUUUGUCCCACAAGUUGUGCAGUGUUACAACAGAGGCUGGGAUGGCUAUGACGCCCAGUGGGAAUGUAAGACAGACAUGGAUAGCAAGUACAGAUUCGGCAAGAUUGACGUGAACUGUGAGGGAUAUGAUUAUCCGGAUGAUCCCUAUAUUCUUCGAGGAUCGUGUGGGUUGGAAUAUACUAUCGAAUUAACGGAAGAGGGGAAUGCUAAAAAACAAGGAUGGUCAAAUUAUCACGGAUACGACAAUUAUCAAGGUGGAUAUCGUAAAAGGUAUAACAGUUCCAGUGGUUUCGGUGAACUGGUCAUGUUCAUUGCUAUUGCCGUCAUUUUCUACAUGGUUUUCAAGACAUGUACAUCUAAUCCACAUAUAGAUACAGAGGCAACUGCUCCUCCUUAUAACCAGGAUCCGAACAACAUGGGAAGGCCAGGUCCAAGUGCCCCGCCGCCACCUUAUGGACCAGACCCUCCCGGCUUUAAGCGAGAAUAUACACAAGGUCACACAGCCCCGCCUCCAUAUCAGGAACCUGGAUACCGUAACGAGUACACACAAGGUGCCGCUGGAAGUACAACAACUGGAUCUGCUACGAACUCAAAUGCUGGAUUUUGGACCGGUGCUGCUACUGGAGGUCUGCUUGGAUACUUGUUCGGCGGACGAACGAGAACAGGCUACCAUUACAAUCCCUAUAACAACAGAGGAUGGGGUGGGGAUUGGGGCGGUGGCUGGGGAUCAUCCUAUCAGUAUUCACCUCGAAAUUCAGGCGGAUUUUUUGGGAAUUGGUUCGGAGGAAGCGGAUCUUAUCGACCUUCCCAUAAUUCCUAUGGUUUCUCGUCUUUUGGCGGCUCGUCGUCAUCGUCAUCGUCAUCGUCACCAAGCAGUGGAUCUCGGACCACUUCAGGAAUGGGUGGAACCUCAAGGCGAUGACUCAUUAAAAAUAUUUGUUAUAUCAGUUAUAUAUAUAUGCUAGUUUGUAGAUACAGCACGAAAAUUUGCACUGAUGGAGAAUCAGGGUAUAUUGCCUUUAUAUAUGUUGUCUUUUUCAUGUUGCCUAUUGCUUGACGUUUUUAGCUAAAUAAUACAAGGUGCGUGAUGUAUGAAUAUCAUACUUCCAUGUGUGUGCAGUCUGCAACGUCCGAUUUGUUGCGGAAUUUAGGUUAAAGCAUGGUUGAGUACACCAAUCAUAAUCACGCGUAUGCGCAAAUAUAUAGUGUUAUGGUUAUAAAUUGUAUAUGUAUUGUUAAAGAAAUUGUUAAGUAAUGUUAAUAGUGUAGUAUUAUAUAGCAUAGGAAAUGGAGGUUUUGAGGUAGCACGUUGUAGCAACCGCGAAACUAAUGUCCCACAUAAUAACGUAAGCGGACGCAAGUGUGGGUUGUAGUGGAGCGAAAACCAAAGAAAAACAUCCUGUAGUUCCGUAAGAGAUGCAUCAGGAAAUGCAUCAUUUUGGUAAAGCAUCCUAUUUUGUUAUUUUAAAUAUAUAGGUUAAAAUCACUGUUGUAAGUUACGGUUGUGUAUUAGAGCGUGAAUUGUUGUGAA